UGUCUCCUAAAACCUGUUUGUUCUUUCCCGUCUGGCUGCUUCCAAGGCAACCAACAACAGAACUCAGAGCCAGAGGCACAGACUGUGAGCUGUCAGCAGCCUGCAGACCCUGAUUCCCGGCUUUCCCUCUUCCCUCCUUCUGCCAGGGCUCAGUGAUCACUGAGAUCUCGGGAUCGACCAGGAUCUGGGAUCCGCGGUGACCAAGUGACCCACUGGAAAACCGUUCCAGCAGGAUUGUGCUUCAGGCGGGCUGGGGAGUCGACUGAGCCGUUGGAUCCGCUCUGAUUCCGUUCCACCCGGAACAGGGAUCCGCCGAGGCGCUGCAGUUAGCGAUCCAUCGGGACCCUGCUGCGCCAAGAUCGAGGCAUCCAGUCGGGUGAUGCGUCUUGCGAGUUGGGGAUCCGCUGGGAUUCCGUUCCACCGGGGAGAGGGAUCCACCGAGGUGCAACUGCGUUAGAAUUAGGGGGAUCCCUUGGCAGGAUUCUGAUCCACCAGGAUGCUGAUCCACUGGGAUUCGACUGCUCCUUCCUGUCACACGCAGGGGGUUUUACAGAGGGCAAUGUAAAUCAAAGGGCAAGGGAGGUUAGGGAGCGAGCAGGAAUGUGGAACUUCUCCUUACUGAGCCGUGGCUGUGGAGAGCUGGUGAACAGGAAACACGAGCGAUUGGACGUUUAUUUUGAAGCACAGGAUUAUUUUAACUGGAAGUCCCCGAGGAAUUCCACCUUCGUGUCUUUGAAACUGUGUGAUUCUGAAGGCUUCCUACACCAUGACAGCCAGCCAGUGCCUCCCAAAACUUUCAGCACACGUCGCGGAGCCCUGGUACUCUACUCUGAGGACCUGGCACUGCAAUCCUGGCAGCACCAGCGCAACGUGAAGUGGCAGCGCAGAGUGAGGGUUCGGCUCAGCACUCUCCAGGAUCUGGCCAGGGCAGUCCUUGCCUACGGGCAGAGAGAGAAUGGCACAGGUCCUAUGCAAGUGGAGCCCUAUCUGCAUUUCCUCAUUGGGCACAGGAAUCACCCGGGAAACCGUAAAAUCCGACCUGGCUACUCGGCCAAGCGAUAUCUUGCCUGCCUGGCUGAGACCUGCAACCUCACUCUCCUGCAUCGGCUGCAGCGCUCAGAUUGCACCAACAAACUGAACUGGCUGCAAGGGCUAUCUAUGGACUCCCUCCUUCAGCAGGAGACUAAAUGUGAUAUGUCCAAAGCACCCAGACCUUAUCGUGCCAUUCCCUGCCUCCCUGUUGCUGACCUGUACCAGAGCUGGCCAUGUUUAGAGGAAGAGGAGGAGGAGCAUGGAGAGGAGAUAAUCGAUGACACAGAUGAGUGCUGCCCCAUCACUGAUAAUGAGAUCAGAGGAAUGCAAUCUGACAGCUCAAGGCCUGGUGUGGCAGAGAGACUGACAAAUAGGGAGAGAGGAGCAGAGGGUUCAGAUCCUCAGGAGACCAGUCUUUAUGUUCUGGUCACUCUUCCCGCCAGGGACCUGGAGCUGAUCACAGAGGAGGCUGACCAGGUGCAGGCCACUCAGCAAGUGUCCGACAAGCCUCCACCCAGUUUCCUAAACAGACGACAACCUGCCGAAGCGGAGGACCAACGCCACAGCGACAGCCUCCUGGGACAGCCGACCAUCGAUUCCUCCCAGCUGUGCUGUCAGAAAUCCCGAGCAACUUACUAUGGAGGGCCGCUAGCUGGGGUCAGGAGAGUGAAAAGCCGACCCGGUGACCAGUAUGGUUCGAGGCACCAUGUGCAGCCUCCUGCCUUUGUGAGUGGGCAAACAAAGCUUCCACCUAUUGGCUCGGAGACUGCGGCAGGACUUCAACCAAAACAAGAAGAAGGUAGUAGCAAGUUGGGGAGGUGGAAAUGGCCCCAGAUUCGGAGGAGGUCAGUAGCAGCAGAAAGGCACGCUGGGAGGCAAAGAAAAGGAUCAAUCCCUGAAGCAGCACGGUACUCACGGAGACUGGCUCUACCUCCACUUACGGAUCUCAGGCCUCAAAGGGAGAAGGGAGAGGAUAUCCACAAUGAGGCAACAGGAAAGUUGGAAGCCCCUGAUUCUACAGAAACUUCCACAAUGGAGGGACUGGAUGAGUUCACGCAGAUCAACGAGGAAUACCCAGUCAGUACAGAGGACAGAUCCAGUCAGAAUGGAGGGAAGGCUGGAAUUUCAGAGAAAACUAGCCAGAAAGAGAGUGAGGAAAGACAGCUCGAGUUCAUCAGGAUCAGGAUUGAAGAAAAUGGGAAUCUGUUGGGAGAAAUGAAAGGAAUGUCAGAAGCCCCUGAUUCUAUGGAAAAUUCCAAAAUGGAGGUACUGUAUCAGUCUACACAGAUCAAUGAGGAGUAUCCAAUCAUCACAGAGGAGAGGUCUGGCUGGAAUGGAGGGAAUGUUGGAAUUUCAGAAAAAAACAGCCAGCGGGAAAGAGAAGUUGAAUCCAUUGGGAUCCGGAUUCAGGAAGAUGAAAAUCUGCUUGAAGGGGGUACCAAUCAAAGUCAGAAACCUGGGCGAACGCUACAGCUGCUGCCUCCGAUUCACGAGACAAGAGGCCCAGUGGGAAAGCGGAGGAGUAAGCCAGACCUCAGGCACAAAGCCAGGAGAACCAAGUCUUCAUUAGGUGCUGUUCGUGGCACUGUACCGAAGGAGCUGAAAGACAUUCACAAGGACAUUUCAGUGGGCAGCCUCCUCAUGGCUCCAGAUGGUGAGAUUGUGCACCUUUCCUGGUUGGGACCUUUCCAAAGCCCAAGCAGCAACCUAAUGAUCAGCUUCCCUCAACAGCAAGGGCAUUUUCUACCUGAGAGUGUUGUGAGUGGCAAGGAAGCCAGACUAAUAACUAACCAGGAACCAGAAGGCGAGGUAGUGAAUACCAAACACCUUGAAGAUUUUCACAUAGAGACAGGUGAUGACAUUGUUUACAAGAGCAACAGAGAGUCUGGUCAGGCCCCAGGGUCGUACAAGAGGUCAAAGCGAAGGCAUGCUAGGAAGGCUUUCAGACAAGGAGGCCAGAGACGGACUGACCCUGGUGGGGAUUCAUCAGUAGGAACAUCAGAGAGCAGAUCAUCCAGACGUGGGGUCAACAGCCAACUCCCAGAAGCCCCUGCCAGCUUGCAGGAGGAUAUGUUGGAUGAAAAUGGACAUUUGAAUCCUCCUGGUUCCCACCGAAACCCGGUCUUUGACUCGUUUCUGGAGGGGGAGGUAAUGCGGAACAGGAAACAUGCUGCACUUGGCACCGGCUACGAAAGCUCGACAGUGAUCCCUUCCCUGACAGGCUGGUCUGAACUGGAAACCAGCAGCCCAUCAGCAGCUGAGGAGCUGGAGGCAAUGUGUGGUCUCCACACAGUUGAUGAUGGACAUUCCCCCAGUCACCAUAGGAGUCGUCGUCUUCUGGCAAAGGAUGGUCACAUGGUUGCAGGGGAUUCGGAGACAGAAGCUGAAGACCAAGAGGCUGAAUUACGGAAUGAUCUUGGCAAGGGAAGCACUGGAAUCAAGGCUAAGAAAAAGAGCAAAAGAAAUAAAGGACAGAAAAGUCCCAACCAGGAUCCAAAUGCCAAGGACGGCAACUUGGUGCCCAGCAGCUCUGAAGGGCUGAAGACCCCACAGGAACCAAGUCAUAAAACAGGCCUGAGGAGUUCACUAGUGUCGAACCAGGCGUUGGGGCUGAACGAACCAUUAGAGUCAAGGAACCCAGUGGGUCAAGACCAAGAAUCCGGGUCAAAAGUACCACCAGGCCCAAGGGGUUCACUGGGUUCAUUCCCGAGCUCGGGGCUUAACAAUGAGAGGACCAGGAACAAUGGACGUGCAGAAUUUGUUGUAGGGAGACCCAGAGAGAAGAGAGCCCAGCAACAGCAAUACUCGUCCCGAGCGAAGCAGAAGGAAUCUUCCAAACCAGUGAUGAGGAGGACAGUGACAGGUGAUGGUGAAGAGGAGGAUGCAGAGCACAGUUCUGAGGAAGGAGGAUCCCUGCACUCAAUAAGGACAAGGAACACUCCAAUAUCAGGGUCAACAGUCACUGCCUUCACUGCUGACCAGGAUCCAAACUCUCACUUCAACAACACCACAGUGAGAGAUCAAGUGAAGGAUCAGGAAGACUCCGACUACUCACAGGAGAACACACAUUUACCAGAGUCAAAGCACCUCAGGAGGUCAGGGAGCAGCAGGGUGAAGGGUGGAGACCGCCCCCAGAGACGGCAGGAGAUGGAGCGGCGAAUUCAGCAGGAGCUGGAUGACAACCAGAGACGGAAAGAGCAGGAGAUCAGGAAACAAAGGCAACAACACGAGCGUGAGAUAACGCAGCAGCUCGAAGCUGAACACAGCCGGCAAGAACAGGAGCAGCGGGAACAACGACGGCAACAUCGGCAGCAGGAGGAAUAUCGUAGGAAAGUGCAGGAAAUGCAGCAGAGGAAGGAGAGGAGCCUGGCAGAGAGAGCAGAGGAGGCAAAGAGACUUCAGAGAGAGCGUCAGAAAGAGCAAGAAGAGGAGGAGGAGCUUCUGAAGGCAAUGGAUGAAACACAGAGAACGGAAUACCUGAGACUGAAGCAGAUUAAGGAAGAGAGAGAGAAGAAGGAGAUGGAGGAACAGCGCAGGGAGGAAGAGGAAAGAAGCAAGUUUCUGAUGCAGGAAGCAAUGCAAGAAGCAAUGUUCCUGCUGCAUCAAAAGGGGCUGAUAGAACGUGACCUAACGUUUUCUCGGAAUCUGUGGGUGGAGUUCCUUGGUCUGGAGCGAGAUCAAAACAUCACCAGGCCCUGGGUCUUCUCAUACUUCGAACUGAUCAACUUCCUGGGUCUGCUGACCCCAAUGGAGGAGGGAAAGGAAGAGAGUAGCCACGUUGGUCAAUGGGACUGAGCAAAAAGGAGACCUAGAGAAGAAUGGAAUCCAUUUUCUUAAAACUCUCGCUCUAAGCAGACAGUGUGGAGCAGGACAGGCACAUUUGGGUAUUCACGUCAGUCAGGGUAAGGCUGAUGACAUGUACAAGAUUGAAUCUGUUAAAUUUACACAGUGACAGCUGCAGAAAUACUCUUGCACACAUUCAAACACAGACAGACAUGCACAUGUAUACGUCUGCACACAGAGACAUUUAAUUAGACAGGUACUACUUUGGGCUAGCACGGUGGCUCAGUGGUUAGCACUGCAGCCUCACAGUGCCAGGGACUCUGGUUCAAUUCCCGCCUCGGGCGACUGUCUGUGUGGAGUGUGCACAUUCUCACUGUGUCUGUGUGGGUUUCCUCCGGGUACUCCAGUUUCCUCCCACAAUCCAAAGAUGUGCAGGUUAGGUGGAUUGGCCAUGCUAAAUUGCCCGUAGUGUUCAGGGGUGCAUGGGUUAGA